AAACAAGUUAAUUAAGUCCAUAAAUAACACUUAGCAAAAACGAAAACCGUUAAGAUCCGUUAUUGUAUUAUAUCUAUAUGUCCCUCCUCCCAUUUCUCUCCAUCUCCCAUUGCUCUGAACAAACAAAGCCCGAGAAAAUAAGGGAAGAGAAAAAAUUAAGCCCCAGAAAAAGGUCCCUUCCAUAAGCACCUUCCCCGCCGGAGAUGCAGCCGAAAUCUCACACCCCUUUUUUUGUCCCUCCCCAAAAAGCCAUGAACAACAAUAACCCUAACAACAACAGUAACAGAAUCUCAUCACCAAGAAAUGGCAACAGCACUACCCAGGCUUGUGCUGCAUGCAAGUACCAACGCAGAAAGUGUGCACCCGAUUGCAUUCUUGCACCUUACUUCCCUCACGAACGCCAACGCCAGUUCCUCAACGCGCACAAGUUGUUUGGCGUGAGCAACAUCACCAAGAUCAUCAAGCUUCUCAGCCCUCAGGACAAGGACCAAGCCAUGCGUACCAUCAUUUACCAAUCCGACAUGCGCGCUACAGAUCCAGUUGGUGGUUGCUAUAGGUACAUUCUCGAUCUCCAGGCCCAGAUCGAGUACUAUAGGGCGGAACUCGAACUCGUCCUUCAACAACUCGCCAUUUUUAGAGCUCAGGCUCAACAACAACAACAACAACAACAUGGUAUCUAUGCUCCAAACAACGUUAAUAUCGCUGUCAAUGGCGAUGGCGAGGUUUUGAAUGCUGAUCCAAUGGGAUUGUACGACCAGCAACAACAUUAUCAGUGUCUUCAGCCACAACAACAGGAGCAGUAUGCUAUGAUGCAUGAAAAUGGUCAUGGAAGCCAAAACAGCGACGGCACUGCUUUCCAGGAACAAAUAAACACGUGGGCUGUGCAGAACACUGCUGUGUCUCUUUCUUCGUUGUCGUUGCAAGGGCAGGGUAGUAAUGUUAGCGAUGGGUAUGAUCACAAGCCGGUGCUGGGGAUUGACAUGGAUUCUGAUGAGAGAAGUGAGUUAGGGUUCGAGUCUGAAGAAUUAGUCCAUCGCAGUGAUGAAGCAGUUUUAUUUAAGAUAGACGAUGCAGUAAUUAAAGCGGAGGCUGAUCAGUGCAUGCAACAAGCUCAAGACCAUGACCUGAAAGGUGCAGCAACAUCGUUUACUCUCACAAAUUGUACUUGCUGAUGAGGACAUGGUGUUAAUUAAUUAGAAUAGAUUGUAGAAAUUGCUUCCACAAAAUCGUUCAUUUUGUUGGCAUUAGAGGUUAAAAUUUUUCAAGUCUUAUAUGUGCGGCUGAGUUAUUUACACUAUUUCUUUCACAGAAUUAGUAUUAUUUUUUUUCUCUCCUUAUAAUCAAUAAUAAAUAAUGUAUUCCCACUCCUGAUGUCUGAUUCAAUGAAAGGAAUGGACAGAGAG